AUGUCAGCCCCCCAUGGAACGCUUCAAGACAUCAUUACUCUUGGACGCGACCUCCUGGCAAUGAAAUGGUAUUUUACAGGGUCGUGCGUUCUCCUCGCCUACGAUUAUUGUUUGACUUUCGACCGGGAGGUUGAUGAGAUUUGGUGGGGAAGGAAAACACCAAAACCGAUAUUGCCCAAUGGCCUUCUGCGUCGUCACUCUUUUCGAUGUAAGCACGACAUCUCAUCCCGCCCAAACCAUUUCUAUGAUUCUCAUGUCAAUCAACUCGAUCGGGUCAGCUGCAACCGCUUCGCGAUAGUGGAAUGGAUUCAGACCUUACUUGUCGUUAUACCCGCCGAAACUAUACUAGUCUAUCGGUCAUAUGCCUUGAGCAACCGGAACAAGUUUAUCAUCGGUUUUUUAAUCGCAAUUAUGACCUCGCAGUGUGUCGCUGUUGUCUACGCGAUGUCGCGGCCUGGAACCAACGGCGCUCUUCAAAUCCCUAUUUACAAUGUGGAUCCAUUUCACGUUUGCAUUCUAUUUUCAGAUCCCCGCAUGGACACAGCAUACCUCUCCCUGACAAUUAUUUUCGACAUCAUCGUAUUUUCUGUAACUCUCCAUAGGACAGCGAUCGACGCGUUCAUCUCCCAAAAUUCUGCUCUUUUACGGACCAUCCGAUGGGAUGGGACAAUCUACUUUUGCGUCAUUUUAGCCGGGAAUAUCGUCUGGUUGUUCUUGGCGCUGUUUGCCAGGCCCGGCUUGAAAUUCAUGAAUUCCCAGUACGUUCAUGGGCGCUUUUCAGACUUGCCGAAAAAUCUAAAAGUCAUAAUUCUAAUUUUGCCAGGCCGAGCAUGA